AUGGUACUUGUUUAUUUCCAAGAGGAAGGGCUUAAAGACAAACGAAUAGUGCAAGUAGUUAACCCCACGAUGGACGAGCUGGAAGGUAAAGCCAUUGUCCACCUUCAGAAGUGUAAAUACGCAGAGUAUAAGAAGGCCAUUUCACAAUUUAGACUAUUCUACCCCGAAUUGUUUAAGAGAAGUUGUAGUAAGCCCGUUCUUAAUUAUAGAAUCAAGGAUCUGCUCAUUACGGAAACUGAAGUUGAACUUUUCAUUUUCAAUGGAUCUGUAGUUGCCGAUGAUGCUGUAGACUGGACAGACAGGAUAAUGGAUGUUUUGGAAAUCCCUCGUGAGUCCAGACACGAAAGAAGCAAACGUCCAAAAAUGAUAAAAUAUAAAGAAAACGAGAAAAGCAUGGCGGAUAUAUCGCAGUCUGUGGUUGAAGAGAACAAUAACAUGGACUUGGUAUCUAAUAGAAAGCCGUUGGAAAGUAACAGCACAGGGAUUGGUGAUUUUGGAGAUGAGUUUCAUCAGAAUAAACAAUACGGUUAUGUUUUUUCAGAAAUCAAAAAAAGCCAUGUUGACGGCGACCAUUUCUUAUAUAAAUGUCAAAAGCCCAAGCGUCUCCCCGUUCCCUUGAAAGAAUUAAAGGCUACAAGAUUUGAUGAGUGGGAAUGUCCAACUUUUAAUAUGUAA